CAAGACAAAGCAAUGAAGCCUGGAGCAUUUGCAUUGAAUCCUCAUGCGGCAUCAUAUGUACCACUCUCCAAACGAGUGGAUUUCGCUGAUAUGGACGGUUUGGUGUUUGCGAAUCCCUCCGCACAUGUCGUGCAGGGGCAACAGAUAAGUUUUGCAGGCGUUGAGGUGUCGAUGCCGAAGAAAUCAUCUGAAAUGGCGUACAAGCAGAUAAGGGAUGAUGAUUUGGAUUUGGAUUUGGAGAUGGAUAUAGACAUGGAUAUUGAAUACCUCUUGGUGACAUUCUCCGGUCUCUCACAAGAGUCUAUAACUGAUGUAUACCUGGCGAAUGGCGGUGAUCUUGAAGCAACCAUUGAGAUGCUGAAUCAGCUUGAGCUUUUCGGUUGGAAGCAACAAGCUGCAGUGACAAUACAUGUUCUGUAUCCCUGCAAUAGGCCAUAA